ACAGGUUUCUUGAGCAGCAAACCUUUGUCUCCUCGGAUAAUGCGUUAACUCUAGUUUUGCGUCGCCCUUCUCCUUCAUUUGGAUCGAGCGAAAAGGAAUUUUUGAACGGAGCUUUCCUCUUCCAUGAUGAACAAGUUGAUGGCACGCUGCGACCUGAUACGUUGUGUGAUGUGGACUACUACGGACUGAGCAGUCCGCGUCAGGGCCACGUCACGAACCCUGGCGGCCAGCAGUUGUUUUGGAACUACGAGGGAACUUUACGAUGCUCCCAGAGAUUCAUUCCAGCGGCCAACCAGAGCAUCACGUUGACC